AUGAAUACAAUUGCUAUUGUAAUAGACAAUUUAAAUCAAGAUUUUACAAAUGAUAGAAAUACAGCAGAAUGGAAAUUAUUGCAAAAAGCAGAAAAGGUAGUUUUAAUAUUCAUAGAAUCACAAAAAUGGUUUCCUGCUAAUGAUCCACAGACUAUUUGCGCAUCAUUGAACGCUUUAAAUUCAAAGAACGGAAUCGAACGAAGGAAUAUUAUCGCUCUUUUAAAAAGUUUAGAAUUUGCUAUAAAAAUAAAUAAUAGGAAAGCAGAAGUAGUAAAGAUAAUACUGUUGGGUGAUGAAAAAUAUAAAAUAAGGAAAUGUAUCAGUAAUAUUAACACAGAUUUAAUUAUUGUAUUUAUUCAUAAAAAAAAGAAUAUUAUAGAAAAAAUAUUUAAAAGAUCAACUGGUACAUUUUUAGCUGAAGAGUUAGGUAUUCCUGUUCUGACGAUUAGAAAUAUAACAAUUUAA